AUGAAAAAUGAUGUGGCAUUGCAUGUUUCCAAAUGCCUAACUUGUCAAAAAGUCAAAAUUGAACACCAAAGACCAGCAAGAACCCUUCAACCUUUGGAGAUUCCACAGUGGAAAUGGGAGAUCAUUACUAUGGAUUUUGUGUUGGGUUUACCAAGGACUCGGAUAGGUUGUGAUGCUAUUUGGGUGGUUGUAGAUCGACUGACCAAGUCAGCUCAUUUUCUGCCUAUUCGGAUAAGUUGUACUAUGGAGGAGUUGGCGCGGCUAUACAUAAACGAGAUUGUGAGGUUACAUGGUGUACCUUCCACCAUUGUAUCUGAUAGAGAUCCUCGCUUCACAUCACGAUGGCCAAUCAGAAAGAACAAUCCAAACCUUGGAAGAUAUGCUAAGAGCUUGUGUAUUGGACCAGCAGGCGAGCUGGGAUCGAUAUAUGCCUCUGGAGAAAAGAGCUUGAUAGGGCCUGAAAUGAUAAGUGAAACCACUGAGCAAAUAAAGAAAAUCCGUAGUCGAAUGCUUGUGGCUCAAAGCCGUCAGAAAAGCUAUGCUGACCAAAGACGGAAGCCUUUAGAGUUUGAGGAAGGAGAACACGUUUUCCUGAAGGUUAUUCUGACCACUGGAAUAGGGAGAUCCAUCAAAACUAAGAAGUUAAAUCCCCGUUACAUUGGGCUGUUUGAAAUCCUAAAGAGAAUUGGACCAGUGGUGUAUAGGAUCGCUUUGCCACCACACCUUUCGAACCUGCAUGACGUGUUUCACAUAUUGCAGCUUCGUAAGUACGCUUUUGAUCCUAGUCAUAUCCUAGAGCCAUAA